GUACUGAGCUAUUUCUUCUAGUCUAACGAAAGGAACUAAAGCAACUAUUUUUAAAACGAAUUUAUCAGGGCACAUAGCCACCUACGACUGGGUGGAUAAGCUGGAAUCUGAUCGUCAUCGGCUCUACACGUUUAUCGUCUGGAUCGGCUACGCUGUUGUGCUCAUCACUUCAUCAGCUGCUCUGGCUCACUAUUUUUCACCACAAACCAUAGGUUCUGGUAUUCCGGAAAUGAAGACUAUCCUUCGUGGUUUUAUGCUGAAGGAGUACUUAUCGUUCCGUACGCUUAUCUUAAAGAUGAUCGGAUUAACGCUUUCACUUGGAAGUGGUCUACCGCUAGGCAAAGAGGGCCCUUUCGUGCAUGUAGCUUCGGCUCUGGCCAGUCAGUUGUCGCGGUUCAUGACCAGCUUCGAAGGAGUCUAUGUGAACGAGUCACGUUCUCAAGCGAUGCUGGCUGCUGGUUGUGCUGUAGGCGUUGCAUGCACGUUCAGUACACCUAUUGGCGGUGUUCUGUUCUCUAUAGAAGUCACAUCCACAUAUUUUGCUGUGAGAAACUACUGGAUGGGUUUUUUCGCUGCACUUUGCGCUGCCAGUACUUUUCGAAUCGUUCGAUUCGUCCUGAACGCUUCAAGUGAGACUGUAGAAGCUUACUAUCAAACUCGGUUUCCUGAAGACGCCUUUUACCUCGAAGAGCUGCCGUUAUUUGGGCUGAUUGGAUUGGUGUGUGGCCUAGCCGGUGCGCUGUUCAUUAAAGUUCAUAGGUCACUGCUCACUAAUUUAAACAGGUCGUCCUUUGUUAAAAAGUUUCUAGAAAAGAACUGGUUGUUAUAUCCGGUACUCGUAUCGUUCAUGACCUCAUCGAUCACCUAUCCAGAAGGAUUUGGUCAGUUUCUGUCAGGACAGUUUGCGCUCUCAAUCCUCUCAUCGACCCUGCCAAUCCCGGCCGGUAUAUUCAUGCCGGUUUUUAUAAUCGGUGCCUCGUUUGGCCGUUUGGUGGGAGAAUUGGUGGCUAUACUGUUUCCGAACGGAAUCCAUUCAUAUCGUAAACUUGGAGUCUACCCUGGAAUCUACGCCGUUGUAGGUGCGGCUUCAUUCUGUGGAUCCGUUACCCAUACUAUUUCUGUGGCGGUCAUCGUCUUCGAAGUCACUGGUCAACUAAUGCAUAUCCUACCGGUUAUGGUAUGCUUUCUUACUUCUAUAGCAGUUUUUGUUGGUAAUAUAGUUUGCGCGUACUUUCAACCAUCCAUCUAUGAAAGUAUUAUCAUCAUCAAGAAGUUACCGUAUAUUCGGGAAAUGUCAACUUGUCUCGACGUGUUAAACGCAACAACCGCUGAACAAAUUAUGGUAUCUGAUGUGAAGUUUAUUUGGAAAGGAAUCACCUACAGCGAAUUGAAGAAGCUCAUGGACGACAAUCGUGAAAUACGAUCAUUUCCAAUUGUUCUUGAUAAGGAGUCACGAGUUCUUCUUGGAUCUGUUAACCGGAAAGUUCUCAAUGACUCAGUACAAUGUUUGAUCGGUGAUCGAAUUCGACGUUUAGGUUGGUUUUCGUUGGCUGUUAAAGAAUAG